CUUUUAUUGCUCUGCUUCUUCGGCACAGGCAAACCAUCUUCUGGUACAGCUUCCACAUCUAGAAGUAACUUGCUCGACACAAUUGUACGCAAGCGUGGUGACCUGCUUCAAACACACCAGAGCGAAUCGAUUAGCACCCAGGUAUCUACCCUUACGAGCUCCAACGCAUCUACUCCUGGCACUGGAGCUGGGUCAGAGAAUUUAGAUAAUUCUGCUGCCAGCGUCAAAAAUGCAACAAUUGAUAAAGGAAACUCAGGCCAAGGUGAAGUAUGGGCUCAGCUGAUGCGCGUCUAUAUUGCCCUACCUUCGGCUCCGAUUCGCGUCCGCUUCUCUCCACGUGUUUGUCCCUCACCUUCGGAUUCUUUCUCUGGCACCGUCACCUUAAACCAACGCAACGGCACAAAAGUCUGCCAAGGUCACCGUAUAGGCUCGUUUGUGACGGGACCUGUUUUCCACCUUGGUCGUACUCUUGAUCAGGAACUGGCCAGUCAGAUGCAAGAAACUGAAGAGGAGGCAAUGGCAUAUGCCGCCGCUGCGGCAGCCGAACACCAUUUCCAGCAGACACAAAGGCAGCAGUCUAUUGCCAAAAGUACUGCUGGCAGUCGCCGACAUUCGUUACGUGGACGGCGGGAUGCCGAUUAUGUGGAUGAUUAUGGGGAUGGUAACGAUGAGGAUGGUGAAGAGGAGGACAAUUACGAUUACGACUAUGAGGAUGGCGAAGAUGGUAACGAUGCGGAGGGAACUGAAGGCGUGGAUCAGAAGAUAGAUGAUGAUGAUGAAUAUUACGAGGUUGGCGUUGAUUCCGACGCGCUUGACGACUCUGAACAGGAGGAAGAGGACCUUCGAGGGUUUGAAAUCAACAAGGCUAGUGCAGGUGAUAGAGAAGCCGAUGAAGAUGAAUGUCUAGAACGAGGAAGACAGUGUCGUAACAUAAACUACGAUGAUGAGUCAUCAUUACGAAGCCAUGAUGCCGCUUCGAAGCCGAGAAUUGAUCGAAAUUCUGCUCUUCUGCUGAAGGAAAGAGAGCCGGGAUUUGUAUACUUGGAGAAUGGAUUUCUUUGGGUCAUCCGGUUCCCACGCGAUCAGGAUAUUUUUUAA